AUGCCUUUUAAAAUCUUUUCAAAGAAUUCACAAAAAGCUUCUGAUUCAAAAUCAUCAUUAUUAUCCAAGACAGAAUUCAGCAAACUUGAGAAGAACAUGAAGAUGCUUUAUUUCACUGGAUUAUUCCAGAAAAACCAGGCAACCGCCCAGUUUAUUGCCAAAUACCAAAAGGCAAAAUUAAAUUCCACCAAUCCAAUCUCAAUCAAUGAAUUCUUGAAAUCCAUUUAUAACGAGACACCGCAAGAUGAGAUACCCGAGCAAAUUCACAAAUUGUUCGUUGAAAUUGCCAUGAAUGAAGACAUCGAUAGCUACAAUCCUGUUCCCGCUGACAAUACAACUGAAUCAUCAACCGACUUAGAAUCAUCUUAUGAAACUAUCGCCACUACUGAUACUACUUCCACGUCUGUCACUACUGUUGCUGCUGAAACCACCACUGCUCCUGUUGUUGCUGCUGUUGCUCCUGUUGUUGUUGCCGCUGUUGCUCCUACUCCUAUUCCUGCUACUGCAACUACUGCCACCAAAACAAUUUUAAUUUCAUCGGAUACAAUUUUAUUUUCAUCGGAUGCUGAGAAUUCAGAAGAAGAAGAGGAAAUCGACUUUCAAGCCAUGUACAAUACCACAACUUCAUUUAAGUCUAAACUUUUUAACAACUGGUACAAAACCAAAAUUCAAUCCAAAGCUUUUAGAAUCAAUAGUGCCAAACGAAUCAAGAAAUUGUUCACGUUAUUUUCAAAGGAGAAUAUUUUAGAUCAUGCUGACUGUUUUGAAUUGUCCACUGAGGAAAACUGUGAACUAUUGGGAAUUGAUGAUCCUGUUGAGGACAUUCCUACACAAUCAACUAUAAAACCUGUUGCUCCCAUAUUCACCCAAAAUGACAAAACACAUCCUACACAACCAACUAAACAACCUGUUGCUCCCCUUUUCGUACAAAAUGACAAGACAUAUCCUCCUUUGAAUACACUUACCGUACCUACAGAUAGUCUUUCCAGAUCUCUUCUAAAUGCUUUGAGAUGUGACCAUAUCAUGAAUGGAACUGAGCUUAGUCCAUUGGUCCAAUACAUAUCUCGUGACAUGCAUCUUCCAAGUGAUGCCAUGUUACGCAAAUACACUACCGAUUUUGCUCCUGUUACCCCCGAACGCCCCAUGACUCCCAGUAUUUCGGACCAAGAAGAAGAUUAUGAUGACAUGGACUCCAUCCUGGAUUAUAAACCUACUGCCAGUUUUGAUCCUUAUACCUUCCCCCGCCAAAAUUUUAACCAAGAAGAAGAUAAUGAUGACAUGGAAUUCAUCAGGGAUUAUUAUUUCCAAAACGUAGAAGAUUCUAGAAAUCUAUACAAUGAGGAUUGGGAAGUAAUGCAUCGAUCAACAUCAUCUUAUUCAAGUGACGAUGACGAUGAGUACCCAAAUUCUUUUAAUGUUGAUGAUUUGCUUCCAGAACUCAAUUGCCAAUCGUCAUCUUCAUUUUAUGAGAAUGGGCCAAUAAAUCCAAUAUCGGAUAUGGAAUCCGAAGAAGAAGAAGAUUUUGAUUCUUCUAAUAUACAAAUAAUUAUUGGUUGGUGA